AUGGUGAAACUUCUUUUCUCUAUCCCUCUCUCACAACUCAUUCUCUCUUCCUUCUCUUUUUGCUUGGAGGAACAUUUCUGUUAUCGGUUAACAAUCGCAGCAGAAAGGAAACGACGACGCUUAGGAGUGAAAGUGAUCGGGGAGACAGCGGACGGGGAAGGAGGAGGAGCCACAGUGUUGGUGGGGGUCAAAUUCGACGGGGAGAGCAAGGAAUUGCUGACGUGGGCGCUGGUUAAGGUGGCACAGCGUGAUCAUAUCAUUGCCCUUCACAUCCUUGAUAGUGCCACCGAGAGCACGUCGUCGAUUCUGUCCCUUGUUAAGACAUUUGAUUCUAUACUAGCAGUUUAUGAAGGAUUCUGCAACUUAAAGCAGCUUGAUUUGAAGCUAAAAGUGUGUAGAGGAUCAUCAGCAAAGAAGAUUUUGGUAAGGGAAGCCAAGUCCUACGAAGCAGCUAAGCUUAUUCUUGGAACUUCCAAGACUCAUCACCGGAUAAGGUCAUCAGCCUCUGUUGCAAAAUAUUGCGCCAGAAAAUUGCCAAAAUGUUUCUGGGUUUACGCUGUUGAAAAUGGCAAAAUUGUGUUCCAAAGGGAAGCAAGUCAUACAAACUCGAAUCGGUCCCAAGAGGAUGAUUCACCUAGUAAGAGUCUUGUUCGCUUAGUUUCCUUGCGGAAGAGUACAAGAACAGGGAAGCUGGAUUUAGAAAAUGGCAAUUAUUCCUAUAAAUCUGGAUUGCUUUUAAUGCAGAAAUCAGUAAAGAAGAAUUGUGCAGCCUGUGCUUCAGCCUUGAAAUUGCCUGAAAAUUCUAAUGCCCUAUUGUCGGAAGAUUUACCUGGAAAUGGCAAUGUCGAUAAUAGUUUAGCUUUGGUACCAUUCCAAACAAGGGAAGCUAAUUCCAUUUCGGUUAGAGAGCUGCCUGAUUCGAGAACUGGUUGGUCUCUUCUCCGCUGGGUGUUUCUACCUAAGCAGCGUUGCUCUGAGAAUUCUGCUGCAAAGAAAUCUAUGGUCCAAUGGGUGUUAAAAUUGCCAAGCCAGCAUUCUUCAGCUGUUGUCUAUCCUGAUCAAAGGAAAAACCAUUCUGAUCAAGAAAAGAAUCAUUCUUCUGAUUUGGACGGAAAAAAUGGUGCAAUUGUUCCAGUUGGCUAUGAGGCCAUCCGUCCUCUGACUCCUCGCAACUUACCUAAAGAGCUGCAAAGUCUACAUGAGAAAUACUCAUCCUCGUGUAGAUUGUUUAGUUACCAAGAGCUUUUGGAAGCAACCUAUAAUUUUAUGCCAGAGAAUAUGGUUGGUAAAGGUGGUAGCAGUUAUGUUUAUAAAGGGUGCCUUCCUGAUGGCAAGGAACUGGCAGUGAAAAUCCUUAAGCCAACUGAAAUUGCAGUCAAGGAGUUUGUUCAGGAAAUUGAGAUCAUUACCAGCUUAAACCAUAAAAACCUCAUUUCCUUAUUUGGGUUCUGUUUUGAGGAUAACAAGUUGCUCUUGGUUUAUGAUUUUCUGUACAGAGGAAGCCUAGAAGAGAAUCUUCAUGGUAAUAAGAAGGAUAGCAAUGCAUUUGGCUGGCAGGAGAGAUACAAGGUGGCUGUUGGCAUGGCUGAAGCACUUGAUUACCUACAUAAUGGUUGUGAGCAACCUGUGAUCCACAGAGAUGUGAAAUCUUCCAACAUUCUUCUGUUGGAUGAUUUUGAGCCCCAGCUGUCAGAUUUUGGACUUGCUAGUCAGGUCUCAAGUUCUGCAUCUCAUAUGACUUGCACAGAUGUUGCAGGAACCUUUGGUUACUUGGCUCCUGAGUACUUCAUGCAUGGCAAAAUGAGUGAUAAAGUUGAUGUCUAUGCAUUUGGCAUCGUUCUUCUAGAGCUCCUCUCUGGUAGAAAGCCCAUUGACAAUCACUGUCCAAAAGGUCAGGAGAGCCUUGUUAUGUGGGCAAAGCCAAUUUUAAAGGACAGCAAGAUUUCCCAGUUGCUAGAUCCACAGCUAGGCUGUGGCUAUGAUUUUCAUCAGAUAGAAAGGAUGAUUUUAGCUGCUACCCUGUGCAUCAGACGUGCACCUAUAAUGCGGCCUCAAAUUAGCCUUAUCCUGAAGCUCCUACAGGGUGACCAGGAAGUAACAAAUUGGGCAAGGCAACAAGUUAGGGCAUCAGAAGAAGUUGAUACGGUUGAUGGGGAAGUAUAUCCUACUAAUAUCGAAUCCCAUCUUAACCUUGCUCUUUUAGACAUGGAGGAUGAUUCACUUUCUGUAAGCAGCAAUGAACAAAGCGUCCCAACAGAAGAUUACUUGCUAGGAAGAUGGAGCCGCUGAUCAAACUUUGCCUAGCCAUCCCAACGCAACUGUGCUUUGUUUUCAAUAUAUGUGAUUUUUUGGUAUAUCCUUUUCUGUCCCCUCCCCUCCACUACCCCCUUUCUCUUUUGAUUUUUUUUGUUUAAUUUAUGCAUUAGAUUAGAUGGGUCUUGGAAGAGAGGUUGUUUACAAGAGCUUUCCCCCCUCCUUGACUUCGUGUUGUUUUGUAGCCCUUGUUUCUAUUUUUGUCAAUGGGCUGGUUUGGUUACCUAUCCCAGGGUUUGUCAUUGAGUUUUCUCGGGAAAUUAUUCCAAGAGCAAAUGUAUAACCAAAAAGAUGCAUAUUGAGUGUAAAUAAUCACUGAUUCCCACACUUCAUGUCAAGUCCUGAAGGUGGAAAUGUGUAUGACGUUGGUUGUUUGUUUCUUCGGUGCUGUUCUUUGAUUA